AUGGGCAGGAAUGGUCUGAUUCAUGAGGGCGAUGAGCUAAGGGAAGUCAAUGGAGUCCAAAUGGAGGAUAAGACACCGGAGGAAAUCAUUCCUAUUAUGGCUCAAUCGCAGGGAGAGGUGACGUUUAAAGUGAUACCGGUACCUGGCAUCAAGGAAAAGCUGUCAGCCAAUGAGACUAUGUUAUUUGUACGGUCGCUCUUUGACUACAAUCCCGAGGAGGACCCUGCCAUCCCCUGCAGACAGGCAGGGCUGGGCUUCAAGAGGGGGGACAUCCUUCAGAUCGUUAACCAGGAGGACGACACCUGGUGGCAAGCCUGUCGUCAUGGUGAAAGCAACUCCCGAGCAGGACUCAUCCCCUCCAGGCAACUUCAGGAGAGGAGAGUCGCUCUCCAGCGGCCCAAAGCCUUAUUUAAACCUCAGAGAGUCCCAAACAAAGUGACAGCUGGUCUGAGAAGGAGUUUCAGGCUGGGCAGGAGGGGCGGUGGGAGUGUUGAGUCUAAAAGGAAGAGCCAGGAGAUGGGAGGAGCCACACAGACACCCACCUACCUGGAGGUGGCACCGUACUGCAGGGACCACAAAGAGGGACGUCGGCUGGUCCUGCUAGUUGGUCCCAGUGGAGUUGGGCUGAGUGAGAUGAAGAGGAGACUCCUGCUUUCUGACCCUGACCACUAUGGUGUCACUGUUCCACACACCACCAGAGAGAAGAGGAAGCAGGAGAAAGAUGGGGUAGAGUACCACUUUGUCUCAAGGCGGACGUUUGAAAUGGACAUCGUCAACCACAAGUUUUUAGAGUAUGGGGAGCACAGAGGGAACUACUAUGGGACCAGUCUGGAGUCAGUGCACAAGGUCAUAGGGGAGAACAAGGUGUGCCUACUGGAUGUGCAGCCUAAUACUGUACAGCGCUUACACACAACCGAGUUCAAACCAUGUGUUGUUUUUGUGAAGCCACCAUCGAUUCAGGAGCUACGUUUUAGCCGGAGGAAAGCUACAUUAAUUUCCACCCAAGAUAUGACGAAACUGACAAAGACAUUUUCGGAAGAGGACUUUGAAGAUAUGAUUACCUCAGCAGAAGCCAUGGAUAGCCAGUACGGCCACCUGUUUGAGAUGGUCAUCGUCAAUGGCGAUUUCGCCAUGGCAUUGAACAAACUGAGGGCGGAGCUGGAAAAGCUUGAGACGGAGGCGCCUCAGUGGAUUCCUGUGGAGUGGACCAGUCACACCAAACAGAACACAGAGAGCGUGUGCUGAACACACUAGGAGGCUGGUUAUGCAUGUCUCAUUCACACUCAUAGGAGGCUGCUGAGGGGAGGAUGGCUCAUAUUAAUGGCUGGAAUGGAAUUAAUGGAAUGAUAUCAAAUACAUGGAAACCAUGUGUUUGAUGUGUUCAAUACCAUUCUGUUUAUUCCUGUGUUCACACUAUAGUGUCAAACCUUACUGUGUGGGGUCAGAUAUUUUGUUUUCACAUUUUCCUUUACAGCACAGUUCCAGCCACUUUGAUGGAUGCAUAACCAGGCCAACCUAGUACAGCUAGGCUUGGCCCUAUAGUGUGAUUCAGGCAACAGCGACUGAAGAAAUGUAGGGAGAGAGAAUUGCACAUCCAUUUUUUUCCUCCAUAAGUUCCACGUACUUCAUCUUUUGACGCACAUUACAAAAAAACUGAUAGAUUACACAUGGCCGUCAACUGUUUUUAGUCAAAUUUGAGAGUGGUUACAUUUCUCAAGUCCCAUCCCUUACCUGUGGGAUGACCACUUCCUUGUUGUUUGAAUCCUAGAUUUCCUCUGUUAAACUGUAAAAGGACUCUUCUGCCAAAACAGAGGAAAUGUCAAGGUACAUGGUCACACCCCUAAAGGAAUACAGAAAUGUAAGGGGAACCACUCAAGGCAGAGAAAAUAAUGUACAAACUUUGACUAAAUCUAAAAUACUAUAAUCAUUAUUUAUAUGUGCAAUAUGUAGACAGAGUCUAGACAGCCUUCAUGAGAAAUAACUAGUCCCAACUUCAAGUUAGUCACAGAGCACGGCUCUUAAAGAACUAUAGGAAUCCAAGUCCCUACACCUCCUGUCUGACCAUAGUACUUACAUGUCCAAAACAGUGUUAUUGGUCCCUGCCGCCUACGUGCCAGCUUUUCGUUUCUUCGAGUUUGCAUUUCUACAUUGGCAAUUAGGGUCGAAACAUAAAAAACCUCCAAAAGCGUGUGGUCACACACCUUCCCCCUGCCAAGUUACAAACACGAGCAUGUAAUUACUUUGACAGCUGCAAUACCUCAAUUAACGGUAAUGUAUCCCAGAGCAAAUAUUACCCAGCCCAAACACUCACCAACACUAACAACAUGUUGCAUAUAGAACAAGGAAACAGUGCUCACAAGCAUAGUCAACACUUAACAAAAUAUAUGAAAAAAAGUGUUGGUGAAACUAAACGAAUUGAAGAUAUUUUGACAGGGAAAGGUUAACAAGGGAACAUAGACAAGAUGAAGCAGAUUUUUUUUUGUACAGACAUUGUGGGAGGAGUGGUUGAAUGUGAAAGGAUUACGUUGUAAGAACUCAUUCGAAUUGGUUUCUAUUCAUGUGUAAAUUUAAUAAGUAUGAUUUCAAAGUUGUAAAGUCUGCACUUGUCAACAGUUCAUAAUUACAGACAAUGUCAGAAAAUUGUCAUAAGUGACAUCAUUGACAAACAUUUCCAUUCAACAAUUCCAUAUUUAUACUGUUAAUGAGGAGAAUGACAUACAGCACACAACACUCCCAGUAAAUCUUUAAGCGAUUCCGUUUAAUGGAUGCAUUCCUGUGAGUACAGGGGGAUUUCCUUCCUCUUUUGGAUAAUUUACAUUUACAUUUAAGUCAUUUAGCAGACGCUCUUAUACAGAGCGACUUACAAAUUGGUGCAUUCACCUUAUGACAUCCAGUGGAACAGCCACUUUACAAUAGUGCAUCUAAAUCUUUUAAGGGGGGGGGUGAGAAGGAUUACUUUAUCCUAUCCUAGGUAUUCCUUAAAGAGGUGGGGUUUCAGGUGUCUCCGGAAGGUGGUGAUUGACUCCGCUGUCCUGGCGUCGUGAGGGAGUUUGUUCCACCAUUGGGGAGCCAGAGCAGCGAACAGUUUUGACUGGGCUGAGCGGGAACUGUACUUCCUCAGUGGUAGGGAGGCGAGCAGGCCAGAGGUGGAUGAACGCAGUGCCCUUGUUUGGGUGUAGGGCCUGAUCAGAGCCUGGAGGUACUGAGGUGCCGUUCCCCUCACAGCUCCGUAGGCAAGCACCAUGGUCUUGUAGCGGAUGCGAGCUUCAACUGGAAGCCAGUGGAGAGAGCGGAGGAGCGGGGUGACGUGAGAGAACUUGGGAAGGUUGAACACCAGACGGGCUGCGGCGUUCUGGAUGAGUUGUAGGGGUUUAAUGGCACAGGCAGGGAGCCCAGCCAACAGCGAGUUGCAGUAAUCCAGACGGGAGAUGACAAGUGCCUGGAUUAGGACCUGCGCCGCUUCCUGUGUGAGGCAGGGUCGUACUCUGCGGAUGUUGUAAAGCAUGAACCUACAGGAACGGGCCACCGCC